AUGUCAACUAAGGAAAAGGUCGUCAUCAUUGGCGGUGGGUGGGGUGGUUAUCGACUGGGAUAUGGCAUCGACCACAGAAAAUACGAUAUCACCCUUAUUGCGCCAGAGAACACGUCCGCGGUAACUCCCCUCCUCGCCAGCGCUGCUUGCGGAUUGUUUGACCCCCGUCUGGCACAUGAGCCUAUCCGGCGGAAGGACUUUCAUGCCAAAUACAUCAAGGCCUUCGUCGUCGACAUUGACUUCAACAGGCAGGCACUCAUAUGUCAGCCCGCGUUCGAAGAGCUGAAGGAUGAGCGCUUCGAAGUAUCUUAUGACCGAGUGAUCCUCUCGCCUGGCUGUCGAAGCAAUACCUUUGGCAUCCCUGGGGUGGCGGAAAACGCCAUCUUUGUCAAGAAUGUGGCCAAUGCAAACACGGUACGGAGUCGUCUGAACGAAGUCCUUGAGAUGGCUUCAUUGCCGGGAACAUCUGAAGCGCGCCAGAGGCAACUACUCCAUAUCGUUAUUGUUGGGGGUGGCCCCACUGGGAUCGAGGUGGCAGCGGAAUUGACAGACCUUUUUGAAGGAGAUUUGGGCGUUUUAUUCCCGCACCUGAGGGACAUGACAUCAGUUACGGUGAUAGAUGUCGCACCCCAGAUUCUGGCACCAUUUGACCAGAAGUUAUCAGAAUAUGCUUGCAGCGCGCUGAAAACCAACAAGGUCAAGGUCAAGCUUAACUGCCACAUUCUGAACGUUACAAAGGAUACCAUAGAGACCAGGGAAUCCGGGGUCACCGGCUACGGGAUGCUCAUCUGGGCCACCGGAAACAGAUCAAUACCCUUGGUCGACCAACUGCAGCUCAGGAAGACUGAGAAAGGCCUUGUGCGGAUCUUGACUGACGAUCAUCUCAAUGUUUUCUCCCCAGAUGGCAACGUGAUACCUAACGUGUUUGCAAUGGGCGAUGCGGCCGACAUUGAAGGCGGAACAUUACCAACGACCGCCGAAGUUGCAAUUCAAAAAGCUGAUUAUCUUAUCAACCUUUUCAAUUCCGGUGGAAAGUAUACUCGGCCAUUUCAAUAUCAGCAGCGGUCGCUGGUAACAUACACGGGUGCGUGGGACGGUGUGGUUCAAGGGAAGCGUGAGUACACGGGCUACGGUGCAUGGCUGAGUUGGAGAUCUGGUAACUUCUUCUGGACGCGGUCGUGGAGGAGAAGGAUCCUGAUGUGCUAUGCGUGGUUUAUGGACUGGUUGGAUGGGAGAGAGAUAAUUCGUAACUAG